CAAGCUCCCAAACCAGAGGUCAUCUUCAAGCUGGAGAAAGAAGACGGCCCAUGGACACUGGAGGAGGAAAGCCCACAUCACGGCUGCUCAGAUGUGUGACCUGAGUAGCUGGGGGACGUGGAGUAGAUCUGUUUUUCUAGGACAGGCUGAUGCCUUUGAAAGGCUCUGCAGAUAACCUGUCUUGAAGGUUCUAAGAGCGCCCGGGAUUCCUUUCCCAGAAUUCUCCGCGCCAUGAAGCGCCCGCCUGGAACACGGGGCACUUUGUGUUGGCUGCAGCCUUCAUAACAAGAUGGCAGCUCCGGCGGAGUGACCAGGGGUCCCUCCUGGCGGGAGCCAGCGGCACUGGUGGCAGUGGUAUCGACCCCAUAACUUCACGGCUCCCCUUUACCAGCCCCCGAAGUCGCCGCGGAAGCGAGGCCACGGCCACCGCCAGAAGCCAGAGGCUCAGCCGGCUAAAGGAUGGCGAGCAGCAGCCGACCCAAGGCCGAUUCCAUUGUCGGAGGGAGAUAUAAAUUGGUACGGGAGAUCGGGUGUGGCUCCUGUGGGGACGUUUAUUUGGCGAUAGACCUCACCAACCACGAGGAGGUGGCCGUAAAACUCGAAUCACAAAAUGCGAAGCAUCCCUGGUUGGUACAUGAGAAGGAGCUCUAUAAUAUUCUUCAAGGUGGGGUUGGCAUCCCCCGAAUACGGUGGUAUGGUCAGGAAACGGACUAUAAGGUGCUAGUCAUGGAUCUUCUGGGACCCAGCCUUGAAGACCUCUUCAAUUUCUGUUCAAGAAGGUUCACAAUGAAAACUGUACUUAUGUUAGCUGAUCAGAUGAUCAGUAGACUCGAAUAUGUGCAUACACACAAUAUGAUACACAGAGACCUUAAACCAGGUAACUUCCUAAUGGGUACUGGGAAGCAGUGGAAGAAGUUAUUCCUUAUUGACUUUGGUUUGGCCAAGAAGUACAGAGACCCCAGCACGGGGCAACACAUACCGCACAGAAAGGGUAAAAGUCUCACUGGCACGCCUCUCUAUGCUAGCAUCAGUGCACAUCUUGGUAUUCAACAGAGUCGCCGAGAUGACAUGGAAUCAUUAGGAUAUGUUUUGAUGUAUUUUAAUAGAGGCAGCCUGCCAUGGCAAGGACUAAAGGCUGCAACGGUGAAGCAAAAACGUGAAAAGAUUAGCGAAAUGAAGAUGGCCACACCUGUUGAUGUUUUAUGUAACGGAUUUCCUGUAGAAUUUGCCAUGUACUUUGAGCAUUGUCGUGGGCUGUCCUUUGAGGAAGCCCCGGAUUACACAUACCUGAGGCAGCUAUUCCGCAUUCUUUUCAGGACCCUGAAUUACCAACAUGACUAUGGAUUUGAUUGGAUAGUGUUAAAGGAGAAAACAGCACAGCAGGCUGCCUCUUCAAGUGGGCAGUGUCAGCAGGCCCAAACACUUAACAUUUAGUCAAACUGACAAAACCAAAAGUGAAGUGAAAGGUUCAUAAGCAUGAAUCAAGGAACAGAAGACACAGAACAGGAGACUCGAGCAGCAAAUUCACUUCCCUCUAAACUGGCUCUGGUCAGCAGAGAUGGUCUCCUCUGAGCUGAAUUCUCUGUCAUUAGUGAAACAUGGUAUCCAGUUUUCUAUUUCACUUUUUCAAGUGGAAAAGUUCACUAAAUGCUUGACACACACACAUUGGUGGGAAAAUUGUGCCUGUGCCAAUUUUAGUUAAAUUCUUUUAUUUUGAA